AUGUCAGGAAGCAGACUAACUUUGGAAGAAUAUUACGAAAUUCAAAAAAAUGAAGUAGAGGCAAUUGAGUCUAUAUAUAUGCAUGAUUUUACAAAUCUGACCAAAAAAAAAUCCAAAUGGGAUAAGCUGCCUCAGUUUGUAUUUGAAAUAUCACUUAGUUCUAGCAAUAAAGAUGCAGUUGUGUCCUCUUUGACCUUACAUAUUGCAUUGGCACCGCUGUACCCAUAUACAGCGGCAGAUAUCAGCUUCAAAAAUGUCAAUAAUGUCCUUGAUAGUCAAUUAAAGAAUCUAAAAGCCGAAUUUGGGAAGAUACAAAAGGAAUCAAGCAAUCAGGAGUGCAUAUUUGACAUUACUUCUCUAGUGCAGGAAAAACUGGAUGAAUUUCAAAAUAUCUCGAAUAACCAGUCGCUGGAAGAUGACAGAAUGCAGCGCAUCAAAGAAAAUAAGGAAAGGCAGCAAAGAGAAGAAGAAGAAAGGAUGCAUGAACUGGAAGCAAGAAAAUUGAGCGAACAGCGUAUCAUUGAUGAAAUUGUGAAAAGAGAACUGGAAAAAAGGCAAGAUGACGACAGUACGUUCCUCAAUCAUAGUUCAUCGGUUGAUCUCUUACCACCCCAAGAAUGGAUAGCCUCCGGGGAAGCUAUUGUAUUCACGAAGACUGUACGAGCGAAACUGCCCAACAACUCAUUAUAUAAGUUCAGGGCUGUGGUAAAUCCCAAACCUAUUACUCUAUCAUCAGAUCCUUUUGGUUUUGCAAAACAAUUUUUGGUUAAGCCUUAUAUACCUCCUGAGUCACCACUGGCAGAUGCUUUAAUGUCUUCCGAAAUGAUGGAGAAUUUUUACUAUCUGCUAACAGAGGUAGAGCUGGAUAAUUCUUACUUCAAUACGAGUAACGGUAAAAAGGAAAUAUCACAUCUAGAAAAAGAGCUGGAGUCUUUGCUUAAGGUGGAUCACGCUAACAUAAAUCGAUUAUAUGCAUACACAGUAGAGCGUUUGGGGAGAAAUAACUCAACAUUUGUUUGGCACAUAAAGCUCUUAACUCAAUACUCUUCAUAUAUCCCUAUGACUGAGAUUAUUCAAUCUGUUGGUUUUGUAAAUUUAGCAACUGCUCGUAUUUGGAUGAUAAGAAUACUGGAAGGACUAGAAGCAUUGCAUAAGCUGGGACUCGUCCAUAAGAAUAUUUCACUGCAAACUGUCAUGCUAAUUAAAGAUUGUGAUUUUGGUAUAACCAUACCACGGUUAGCGCACCCGGCCUAUGGAUAUACUAUUCUACAUAUGGUGUCAUGCCAUCCAAAUAAGAAAGGAGCUGCAGUUGAACUGCCUUCUUGCUCAUGGCCUGCACCUGAACUUGUAAAAUUUAGUAACUGCAAACCUCAAAGGAUGACAGAUAUUUGGCAAGCAGGGGUUCUUUUUUUACAAACUAUAAACGGUAUGGAUACUGUCCUAAAUUAUUCUUCUGCUCAAGAUUUUUUGGAGAAUUCAAAUAUGGAUGAUGGACUCUAUGACUUGCUGGAUAGAAUGCUUCGACAAGACCCCAAGAAAAGAUUUACCCCACUGGAGUUGUUACCAAUGAAGUUUUUGCGAACCAAUAUUGACCCUGGAGCAAACAAAUUGACCAUAAAUAAGGAAAGUUCGGUCAAUUCUUCACGAAAAUCAUUUUCUGAUUCUUUGGGCGCCAACUCGAGAACGCUGUCCCAAUCUAGCGGAAGAAGGAGAUCGUUUAAUGUCGGCUCACGCUUUUCCUCUGCCAAUCCAGCAACUCGUUCGAGAUACGGUUCCGAUUUUGAAGAAGUGGCUGUCCUGGGCAAGGGUGCAUUUGGCCAGGUGGUGAAAGCUCGUAAUGCUCUCGAUAGCAGAUAUUAUGCCAUAAAGAAGAUUAAACAUACCGAAGGAAAGCUCUCCACGAUUUUAAGCGAGGUGAUGCUUUUAGCCAGUUUGAAUCAUCAAUAUGUCGUUAGAUAUUAUGCUGCAUGGUUAGAGGAAGAUGUUGAUAAUGAUGGAUCUGUAUUUGAAUCUUCGGAUGAGGAAUCAGAGACUUUGGAGAACGACACAGAUGAAACUUUGAGUAAAUUGAGCCUCUUGAAAAGUCAAUCCGAGCUCGAUGCAACUAAUAACGCAUGGGAUUUUAUUUCAGGAUCUGGCUAUCCUGAGAUUGUUUUUGCAAGUAGUACGGCAGAGAAAAGUCAAUGCUCAGAAAUGAGCGAAGAAAGUAGCAGUGAUGAGGAGCCGGAAAGUAGUAGCGACGAGGAAUCAGAAAGUAAUGGCUUAGUAAUAAAAACACCAGCUAGAAAUAGGAGAAAGACUUCGACAUAUCGUAAGACGGGCCACAAUGACAAAAGCACACUUUUUAUUCAAAUGGAAUAUUGUGAGAAUAGAACACUAUUUGAUUUGAUACACACGGAAAAUAUCAAUAAGGAACCAGACGAAUAUUGGAGAUUAUUUCGUCAAAUAUUGGAAGCCUUGAGUUAUAUCCACUCUUUGGGAAUUAUUCAUCGGGACUUGAAACCCAUGAAUAUUUUCAUCGAUGAAUCUAGAAAUGUUAAAAUCGGAGACUUUGGUCUGGCAAAAAAUGUCCACAAAUCUUUGGACUUGCUACGUCAAGAUUCCAGCUCUCAAGCUGGGAGCAUUGAUGAUCUAACGUCGGCGAUCGGUACAACUCUUUAUGUAGCAACAGAGGUCCUUCAUGGCAACGGACAAUACAAUGAAAAAAUUGAUAUGUAUUCACUCGGAAUCAUCUUUUUUGAGAUGGUAUAUGCCUUCUCAACAGGUAUGGAAAGAGUGAAUAUUCUAAAGCAAUUAAGGCUAGCUGAUAUUGAGUUCCCUCAAGACUUUGAUUCCGAUAAGAUGAAAACUGAGAAGAAGAUCAUUAAAUUACUAUUAGAUCACGAUCCUAACAAAAGAUUUGGCGCUCAAAAGCUGCUUGAUAGUGGUUUACUUCCCGUUAAGCAUCAGGAUGAGAUAAUUAAUGAGACACUUAAGACAUUAGCAGAUCCUGCCUCCCCGUGGCAAAAGCAAGUCAGGGAGACCCUUUUCUCACAAGCAUACAGCUUAACGAAUGAUAUACUGUAUGACAAUACACAGUCUACAUCAACACCUUUUACCCAAAUUUUGAGGUCAAAAAUGACAGAAGAAGUUGUGAAAAUCUUUAGAAAACAUGGGGGAAUUGAAAACAAUGAGCCACCGAUCAUUUUUCCAAAAGCGCCCGUCUAUAGUACACAAAACGUAUACGAGAUACUUGACGAAGGCGGAACUGUUCUGCAGCUCCAAUACGAUUUGACAUACCCAAUGGCCCGUUACCUAUCAAAAAAUCCCAAUUGUGUCUCAAAACAUUUUCGUUUUCAACAUGUAUAUCGACCUCCAGCGCAUUCCAACUCAAGUUUAGAACCUAAGAAAUUUGGUGAAAUUGACUUUGAUAUCACUUCUAGUAACUCUACCGACUCUGCAUUUUAUGAAUCUGAAAGCUUGAAAAUCAUUGACGAAAUUCUAACUGUAUUUCCCGUAUUUGAGAAAACAAAUACACUAUUUGUUAUCAAUCAUGAGGAUAUAUUAGACAGUGUUCUUAAUUAUGCUAAUAUUGAUAAGGCACGAAGGCCGUUCGUUUCGCGUCUGCUCUCGCAAUUAGGGUUUGGGAAAUCCUUUAAGGAGAUUAAAGUGGAGCUGAAAUCACAAUUUAAUAUAUCCUCUACAUCUUUGAAUGAUUUGGAACUAUUUGACUUUAGGCUCGAUUUUGAUGCAGCAAAAAGGAGGCUACAUAAAGCAAUGGUCGAUAGUCCUUAUUUGCGUAAAAUUGAUGAAUCACUUUUACAUAUAUCCAAGGUUAUUAAUUUUUUUAAGCCAUUAGAUAUGACGAGAAACAUAGUCAUUGCACCAUUUAGCAAUUAUAAUAGUGGUUUCUAUAAAGGAGGAAUAAUGUUUCAAGCUGUCUACGAUGACGGAACAUCCAGAAGUCUGGUAGCAGCUGGUGGACGAUAUGACAAAUUAAUUUCAUAUUUCGCUCGACCUUCUGGGGAAAGAGGAUCCAAUACUCAAAGGGCAGUUGGAUUCAAUUUGGCCUGGGAGACAAUAUUUGGAAUUGCGCAGAAUUUUUUCAAACUGAAUAAGAGCUCUCGAGUCAAAAGGAAAAACAAAUUUCUAAAAGGAACUUCUCUUGAAUGGAAACCAAGUCGUUGCGAUGUGUUGAUUUCGUGUUUUUCGAAUUCUAUCUUGAAUUCUGUUGGUGUGGAAAUCUUAAACCAGUUAUGGAAAAGGGGAAUCAGUGCUGAUAUUCUAAGAAAUUGCUAUACAGUCGACGAUGUAGUCUCUGGGGCACAAAGGGAUAGCGUUGAAUGGAUCAUAUUGGUUAAACAACAAACCUACACUUUGCCGAAUAACAAAAGAAAAUAUAAACCUUUAAGAGUCAAAAAACUUGACAGUGACGUUGACAUUGACUUAGAUUUGGACGAAUUCUUGAAUUUAUAUCAGCAAGAGGCCGGAAUCCAAACCUCUCUCGUUAACAGUCAAUUGUCCCUGGAAGAUAAUACAGAUGAUUUCAGCAAGUGGAACGAAAAUAGCAGCGCUGACAGCAGUAUAGAUGGCGAUAUAGACGAAGCCGUUCCAACUCCAUCGGCACAAAAAGUUUUAUAUGUUCCAAAUCCUGCCACUAGAUCAAAGAAGGCCAGCAAAAGAGAAAAAUGGGUAUAUGAGGAUGCCGCAAGAAGUGCAUCUAGUGCUAUAGUCAAUAGCUUGAUGGCGGCUCCUGUCAUCAUUGUCGAUGGGAUACGCGAUGAAACAUUGGAAAUGAUUUCUACUAUUUCAUUGGGUCAGAAAGAAGAAUGGCUUAGAAAGAUAUUGGGAUCCGUCAAUAACUCAGCUCCGAGAAGCUUUGCACUCAACAUUUAUAAUACCCUAUCAAAAGAGGCAUCAAAAGGUACGAAAUGGGCUGUGAUUCAUUGCCAAAAAACAGGAAAGUCAUGUGUAGCAGAUUUGCAACGAUAG